AUGCAUGACAAGAUGCUCGCGAUGUUGAAAGUGAUGCCGGGGGGUGGCCUCGAUCCCACAGCUGGGAAGAUCAAGCCGAAUCAGCUCAUUUUACCUUACGACCCGGCUUUUUCACCAGAGACAUGCCUUCCCGGCCUGCAAAUCAAUCUGUCCAUGUUUGAUACCUCGACGGAAGACACUUCAAACAAGCAAUCUGGUUUGUGGUCCGAGUCACCGGGUAUCAGCAACUCCGGCACUUCUCAAAUCGGAAGUAUUCAGCUUGAACUUCCACCAGACGAUAUUCUUCACGAUGUUGAUAAGAUAAAUCUCGACAGUGAUGUCGAUGGUUCGGUUCAGAAGCGCGGGAUCUUCGGCGCUAUGUUGAAAGGCGAUCUCGGAAAUGAAGAAGGUAUUCUUCUUCAGCCAGAUUUCGAAUUCGAUGAGCAUGGUAAUAUCGUUGAACUCGGGGGGAGCAGACAGUCACCAAGCAAAAACAGAAGAUCCAUUAGUGAAGACCCUCUCGCAGGGGCCACAACGGCUGCCAGAGAAGAACAGCGUUCAAAGAUGAUGCAGAUUGACGAGAACAUGGAACUUGCUGGCGGGGACGACUUUAUGACACUUGAUACUCACUCCAAGGAACUUGAAAAUCUCAUGCAGCCAGAAGAGCCAGACGAACAUGCAGAUAUUGAUCAUUCCGAAGAAAUGCGGCAUCGACACGCCAGGGGCCCUGCCAAAGUAGUCAUUACUGACAAUGACACUAUGCUUCCCAAAACCAAGCUGGCUGAAUGGAACGAAAGCUAUCUUGCCAUUAUGGCUCAAGCGCUGAAACAGAAACAGCAGAACAAAGGACCAACCCUGGCAAAGAGAAAUGCUGCUUUCUGGGUCUAUGGCCAAGGAAUCGGCUCCGUUGGGGUCGGAUUAGGCGUGCAACGUGAUGUACACCCGCUCACACGCUACUCGGGUGAGGAGCUGUAUAAUGCAGUCUUCGCGGAGACUCGACCCAGUGGACGAAAGCGCACCCACAGCCCCGAGGCCACACCAGACGGACGCCGGAUGCGCGCUAAAGAUGAACAGGCAGAGCAUAUUGGCCGCGGGAACAGUGGUCGUCCUGACCUGGACGUGGAGAUCGGUCGCCAGGCCCCGUCGAGUGUCUAUGACGAUCACCCUUCGCAGAUGCCAUGGAAUAUCAGCGCUUCCAUCCUGAGCUCCCGCCAGAGAAAUCGAUUCGGCAGUGUGAGCGAGAUAUCUUCGCGCGGGCGAGGCGACUCUGCUGGGCCGCUGGCUACUCGACCGCGAAACCGUCUCACGAGUGCAAGUCCUCUUGCCCGGCACGGAUAUCUAGACGGACGUGAAAGACUCAGCAGUCUCUCGAUUCCGGGAAAUAUCGGAGACGAGCUGGAAGAUCUGGAACACCUCGAUCUGACCCAGUAUCUUGAGAAUGAGCUGGCGACGGAUCGCGAAACCUUGAGCACCCUGUCAUCGCGACGGGCGCUCGAACGAGCCACCUCGACUCUCGACCAGGAGAGUUUAAACUUCCUCGAAUUCUUCAAGUCCAAGACCCGGGCCCCUUCUGUGACCAGCCGAGCGAAUACUCCCGAAUGCACCCCGGGAACCCCCAUCAAAUCACGUUCUCGACUCUUCUUCCCCCCGAGAAGACGACGCGCACGAUCGCCACCCAGGGACUCAUGA